AUGACUAUAUCCCCAAAUCUGGCUCUCUAUCGAUGCGUUAAGGAUCUACUGAAACAUUCAUUUGAUAUUGCUAUUUCCCUUUCCUCCUAUGUUCAUAUUGCAGAUCUAUUUACAAGAGGUAUUGAUAUUCAAGCUGUCAAUGUCGUUAUCAAUUUUGAUUUUCCUAAGAACUCAGAAACUUAUCUUCACAGGGUUGGUCGAUCUGGAAGGUUUGGACACCUUGGUGUAGCUGUGAACCUGAUUACUUACGAGGACCGCUUCAAUUUGUACAGGAUUGAACAGGAACUUGGGACAGAGAUCAAGCAGAUUCCUCCACAUAUAGAUCAGGCUAUCUACUGUCGGUGAUCUGAAAGUGCCUAUUUUGAUGCAAAAAGUGGUACUACUGGUGAGUUAUAGCACGCUCGUAUUUGUGCAUGUAUAUAAUUGAAUAAGCUUUCAACUUCUCUCUAAUUCACUUCAAACAGUAAUUGAAAGUUACAAACGCUUCCUUGUACUGUACAAGUUUCUUUCACCUUUUCAAUCUCUUUUUUAAGAUUUAA